UGUAUGUGUGUGUGGAUGCGUGUGUGUGGGGCUUGGACUCGCCCUCUGAUACUUGCCUUGCCAGAGCUGUGUGUUCCAACCACUAGCGCUCCGGCAGCAGGAAGAGGAGGCACCGGCUCCCGAGGAAAAGGAGGAAAAUCUACAAUGGAAGUUGAUAUUAAUGGAGAUAGCAGGACUAGCAUUUCAUCAAUAUCAGUACCUAGUACAGUAGAACGGAAUUCUCCAGCAAAGGCAGAAGGAGAGAAACCUCGUUGUUCUAGCACUCCAUGUUCCCCAAUUCGUAGAACUGUAUCAGGAUAUCAGAUCCUUCAUAUGGAUUCCAAUUACUUGGUUGGUUUUACUACGGGCGAGGAGCUUUUAAAGUUGGCUCAUAAAUGUGCAUCAGCAGAAGAGAGUUCAGGAGAAACUUUGCCAACUUUACGAUCUAAGCAACAUGAUUCUGGACUUUCACGAUCAUCUCGGAUUUACAAAACUAGAGGUCGACAUUACCAGCCAUACGAAAUCCCUGCAGUCAAUGGAAGGAGAAGGAGACGAAUGCCAAGUUCAGGGGAUAAGUGCAAUAAAGUAAUUCCAUAUGAGUCCUACAAGCCUGUUCAUGGUCCACUGCCAGUUUGCCUUCUUAAGGGGAAGAAAGUUCACUCAAAGUCCCUGGACUACCUCAACCUGGAUAAAAUGAACAUCAAGGAAUCAGCAGACACUGAAGUCUUGCAAUACCAACUUCAGCAUCUUAACCUACGAGGGGAUAGAGUGUUUGCCAGAAAUAAUACCUGAAGAGGUUAAGAGCGGGUCCUUUGUCAUGGUUUUCAUGAGGAAAAUUCUUACGAAAUAAACUUUCAUGCUAUAUAGGAGUAUAAAAUGCACUGCAAUCAUUAAAUUGAAAUCAAGCACCUUGGUGAAGGCUGAACUGAAAGAUAAGUUGGGUUCUGGUGCACGACAUUUUCAAGCCAUUUCUACUUGAACGGACUGUAGUAUGCAUAGUAAAAACUAUAGGUUUACAGAAAUCCUUCUGGGUUUAUACAGAAAUGUUCUGUAAUUCAGUUGUUUUCAAUGUGUAGGAAGAAUCUGAUUUUUAUUUUUUAUCUAGAAGUGUCAACACAGUUUGUCACUGGUUUUAAACUAGGCUAUAUUGUGGUUGGUGAAGUGAAAUAUAGUUUUAAAUGGCGGCUAGAAAUAAACUUAAAUGUUUUGUGAUUUAGGUCUGAUUUUGGUAUUGGAGACAUUCACAGAGGUUUGUUUUUUGAUGUUUAAUUAUAUAGAAUCUUAAGCUUAAUAGGUUGAAAUAGCUGGAAAAACAAUUAGUAAAAGACAUUUCUUUAGUCAACAUGCCACACUUUUCCUGAAACAAAUCAAUUUAAGAUAUUUUU